AUGCGGAAGGAUGUGAUCACGAUGACACCCAGAGAGCGCGUUUCGCAUGUUCUCGAAGUUUUGCGUGCCACAUCGCAUCACGGUUUCCCGGUUGUUGAUCAGAUCGAUUGUGCAACAGAUGGACAAAAUAUACCGACAUAUGGUCAUCUCAAGGGACUGAUACUGAAAUCCCAGUUAAUUACACUUAUUCAAAAACGGUUCUCUUUCAGAUACGAUUUAUCUUUGGCUAACUUACAAAUCUCAGCAAGGGAUGCGAAUUGUUGGCUUGAUCUAGUUCCGUAUAUGCACAGAAGUCCACAUCGUGUUCCACUGGAUGCAUCACUGCCAUCAAUAUUUCAUCUGUUUCGUGGAUUAGGCCUACGAUACGUGAUAGUUGUUGAUGACGAAAAUAAGCUGCGUGGCAUCAUCACCCGAAAGGAUCUUGCCCGUUUCAAGGAGCGUCGAACUUUUGAAAAGUAUUCAGUGCGCGAACUGUUUGUGUCAGACUUCGAGACAUAA